UCCUCCUUCUUUCUCAAUCAUUCUCGCCUCCUAUUCAUCGCAUUUAAACGAAAGCAUAUUAUCUACAAACAAACAAUGUGACUUGCAUUGCACUUUCGUAAAUUAAGUUGAUUUUUGUGUGGAUUUGAUUGGAACAAGAGCGCAUGGAGGAUUAACUGAACAAUGUCCUCUAAGGGUCAACAUCUGACGGUCCCGCUUUCUGUGUUGCUCAAUCGCGAAUUGGCCAAUGAGAAGAUUGAGAGGCCAGAGAUUUCUCAUGGUCAGGCUUGUCAAAGUAAGAAAGGGGAGGAUUUCACAUUUCUCAAGACGGAAUGCCAACGUGUCGUUGCAGGAGAUGAUGUUUCUACAUAUUCUGUUUUCGCGAUAUUUGAUGGACACAAUGGGUCUGCUGCUGCUAUAUACUCCGAGGAGAAUCUCUUGAAUAAUGUUUUGGCUGCUAUUCCAUCAGAUCUCAACAGAGAUGAGUGGGUUGCAGCAUUGCCAAGGGCUUUGGUUGCAGGGUUUGUAAAAACUGAUAAGGAUUUUCAAGAGAAAGGUAUGGGUUGUUUCUGUGUUAGUUCUUAUCAACAUGCAUUCCUGAUCUGGUCAUAUCAUGGUCAAGAGAAACAGUCAUGUGGGUUAAGUAACUGUUCAAAAAAAAAAAAAAAAACGAAGAAAUAUUAGUGCUAGCAUAAGUUUGACAAGGUAGUUACGACAGUGAAGUGGUCCAGAGUUGUCCACUGUAGAAUAUCAUGAUCAUGCUCAUUCACUGGCAGAAAUUCACACUCCUGUCAAGAGUCAAGACUUUUAGGUUUAGGAAUGCAGAUUCAUCUAUGCAUGUCCUCUGAAAAGCACAGUACACAUGGCAUGAGUAGUGCAGAGCAGAGACCCUCAUGGUUGAGAAGGACUGGUGUGUAACUCAAUUAGAAAGUAACUAAAUUCAAACUGAUGAAAUAGAAAUAUAAAUGCUCACGAAGCUUUGACAUGAAUGCUUUCUGCUUGAUGCUUCAGUGAAAUGGCAGAGUAUACUCACUGAAGAAUAUCUUGAGCAUGCACCAUGCACACUGCUGGAACACCCCUUCAAGUCUAGACAUGUAUAUAUAUUGGAUC